CCUAUUGGCUGGCCGGGUAUAGGUGGGAUGUAGAGGUGAAAGGAGCGGGACGGAGCGUGAAAGAGUCACAGAACUGCCGGAGUUGUAUAUGUAAACAUAUCUUGGCUAAACCGGAUCCAAUGUUGACGUUAUCUACAGAAUAUUAAGAUUAUUACACAAAUAUUUAAUCGCUGAGACCCAAAUAUUUAAUUAAACACUAAACAAUAGCUGUCAGCAUGGACCCAACCCUGCCCAGUUCUAUUCCUAGCGCUACACAGGACACACCCCCACCAUGGUCCACCCACUCUACCGACCUACACAUUAGAGGUCACACAGAGGUCACAGAACGGGAAUAUGAGAGGUCGAGGUUGUGGUUGGAGCAGGGAGACAUUCUCCAUCCUGUGCCAGAGAAGAGGUCAGGAGAAGAGGUUGGGUACUUGACCUCCUCUACUCCUCGGAGGGAUGUGAGGGAUGAACUCCUGUAUCUAGGAGUGAAGAGGGAUGAGUAUACUGAAGACCCAGAAUGUGAUGAUGGAGGGGAUGACAAGGGGGAAAUAGACGAUUAUUUCCCAGGAGAAGACGAAGAUGGUGAGAGGAGUUCGUCAUUAUUAGAACAAUUUCAAGGAGAUCCCUCUUCACCUCUCUCAAACCAACCUUCAAACAAACAAUCAAAACGAGCUAAUUCAGGUGUACGCAGACAAGAGAAGCCCCCGUACAGUUAUAUUGCUUUGAUCGUGAUGGCAAUACAAUCAGUUCCCAGUAAAAAGUUAACAUUAUCCGAGAUUUAUCAGUUUUUACAGGCAAAGUUUCCCUUUUUCCGUGGAGCUUAUCAAGGUUGGAAGAACUCAGUUCGGCAUAAUCUCUCGUUAAACGAGUGCUUCAUCAAGCUACCUAAGGCCCUGGGUAGACCAGGCAAGGGACAUUACUGGACAAUCGACCCUGCACAGGAAUACAUGUUCGAGGAGGGGUCGUUCAGGCGGAGACCCAGGGGAUUCAGGAGGAAGGCGAUGAAAUCAUUUAAUUCAAGUUUAUACCCGCCGGUGUCAGGUAGUGAGUGCCCGCCCGUCCGCCAUGUGUCUCACUACGAGGCGAUGUCCCAUGUACCGGCGGUAAGUAUGGCGGACUAUGACUCCAGUCUUCUUACCAGCUCACAGCACUCAUUUAUGCUAAAUAACAACCAUGUACUGGCUGGGUACACCGGGUACAACUACCCCCAGGUGGACUACCCGCUGCCGCCGAUGGAUGUUGGGCGGGCACCUCAUGAUAUAACAGAACUAGCCCCUGCUGCUCCCUGGUGUUGGGGCCCUGAGUAUCAAUCAACUCCUUCAUCCUUCCAAACUUCACUAGAUGCUGACGUGGCAUUAGGGUAUAAACUUGACUCUAAGCCUGAGUACAGUGAGAGUAAGGUUACUGAGUACAUGAACCGGAAUCUAAGUCCAUCAGAGUUUAAACCUCAGGAGUUCCUAGUUCCUAAACUAUCUGAAUACAAGGGACCAACUUACUCAGAGGAUCCAUUUCAUCCCUUCCAUCAGAAACAGUUUUAGCCAUCACUCCCUUGUUCAACAGAUGAUUCUAGCCAUCCCGCCCUCGUUUAAACAAUAGUUCUAGCCAUCCCUCCCUCGUUAUGCAGACAAGUCCAUCCCUUGAAAAGAAGCAGCCUUAGCCCUAUCUUAUUAGUUCUUAAAUGAAAAAUCAUUAUUAGAAAUAUUCUAGUCUUUCUUUUCAGAGACAAUUACUUGAAUUAAUUUUAAAAGAAUAUGCAAGAGCAAGUUUAAUAAUCUGAAACGCACACGUACCGAACGUUCAAAAUUGUGGGGGGGGGGGGUUACUCUGAAACCAGUCUACAGUUUUUAACGUGUCCUAUUUAGUGUUUUUCCUAAAUGUUAGAUGUAUUCUUUAUGUGUUUAACCAAAGUAACAGAGUGAUAAAAAAUAUUGUGUUUGGCGCCAUAUUUGGUUCUCCAUCUUGGUUCUCAAUCUUGGUUCUCCAUUUUGGUCCUCCAUCUUGGUUCUCCAUCUUGGUUCUCAAUUUUGGUUCUCCAUCUUGGUUCUCCAUCUUUGUUCUCAAUCUUGGUUCUCCAUUUUGGUACUCCAUCUUGGUUCUCAAUCUUGGUUCUCCAUUUUGGUCCUCCAUCUUGGUUCUCCAUCUUGGUUCUCAAUUUUGGUUCUCCAUCUUGGUUCUCCAUCUUUGUUCUCAAUCUUGGUUCUCCAUUUUGGUACUCCAUCUUGGUUCUCCAUCUUGGUUCUCAAUUUUGGUUCUCCAUCUUGGUUCUCCAUCUUGGUUCUCAAUCUUGGUUCUCUAUUUUGGUCCUCCAUCUGGGUUCUCCAUCUUGGUUCUCAAUUUUGGUUCUCUAUCUUGGUUCUCCAUCUUGGUUCUCCAUCUUGGUUCUCCAUCUUGGUUCUCCAUCUUGGUUCUCCAUCUUGGUUCUCCAUCUUGGUUCUCCAUCUUUUGUUCUCCAUCUUGGUUCUCCAUCUUGGUUCUUCAUCUUGAUUCCCCAUUUUGGUUCUCCAUUUUGGUUCUCAAUCUUGGUUCUCCAUCUUGGUUCUCGAUGUUCUUUCGCCAUUUUAGAAAAUUAAUACCCCUGCUCAGAGAUAUAACUAGAACUAGAAAUGAAAAAAAAAAACCCGGCAAAAUGUAAACAUGGCGAAAAUAUUAAUUUUGGUGUUUAAAGCUCUGAUAUUUUCUCUUGUUCCAUGUUUCACAAAUAUAAGGCCGUAUUUACUUUCUUGAUGUAAAACUAUUGAAAUAAUCCGCAUUUAUGUGAUAAUCUUUUUGGUUCAAUUGACCUCGAUAAUUAUUAAAUAAUUAUUGUUUUUUUUAUAGAUGUAUAUUUGUCAAUAAAACUAAUGUAAGUCUUAUUAAACACGAU